CGAUUCUUCGGCACAUACCCCUUGAUUCUAUUCACGUACCUCCCAUCAGCUGUUCUUUGAAUAAGGUUGGGCUCGAACCCAUCUCCGUUCCGACAGUCGCAGGCGGCUAGCAGCGUCUUUAUAUACGCGACCGGAUCCACAGUCGACAUAGCGAGACUGCCGCACCUCCCACCCUCUAUCACACUCUUCGUCCCCCUUUGUCGCUGUACUAUUCUGCAGGAUGGGGAAGGUCGAGCGUGUUGUCUUUUUGUCCUUGGUGUUGGACCUCUUCGCUUUCACUAUUCCCCUCCCUCUCUUUCCCCGCAUCAUCGAGUGGUAUACGAAGCGCGAAUCCUCGGAUCUGAAUGGCUUUCUGUCCCGAACGCUCUCCCUCGUGUCAGGGUUUCGAAGCUUGUUAUACAAGCCCUCAUCAAAUCCUCAGAAAUGGGAUAUCGUGUUGUUGGGCGGAUUGAUGGGUUCGGUGUUCUCAGCCUUACAAUGGUUCAUUUCGCCAUACAUCGGCUCUCUGAGUGACAAGUAUGGACGAAAACGCGUUCUGCUCAUCACUAUGAUUGGGAAUCUGCUCUCUGCCAUAGUAUGGCUACAGUCCACAUCUUUCGCAUCGUAUCUGCUCUCCCGAGUCAUCGGUGGUCUGAGCGAAGGAAAUGUACAACUCGCUAUCGCUAUCUUGUCAGAUGUUACUACUCCCGAAACUCGCGCGAAGGCACUCGCUCACGUUGGCAUUGCUUUCGCGAUUUGCUUCUGCAUUGGUCCUCCUAUUGGAGCAUACUUCGCGUCUCGUCCCUUGCCAAGGUCGAUCACCGCAUCCGGUUUCGAGCUGAACGUCUACGCGGGACCAGCAGCUUUGACACUCGUCCUACUUACUUUGGAGACAAUAUUCCUUGUCUUCGCUCUCCCGGAGACGCGUGGUAAAGCUGCUCAGAAGCCUGUCGUGAACGGUUCUGCUAAGGCGGCCGUCAACGGCAAAACGAACGGUACCGCUCGAACUUCAAGACAGGCGACAGUCGCAGAGCGUCUGAAGAUGCUCAAGACUUUGCAAAGGCUCCACUUCCUCUUCCUGGGUAUUUUCUCUGGCGUUGAGUUCACUCUCACGUUCCUGACGUUCGAUUUGUUUGACUGGAAUAACAAGCAGAAUGGCACACUCAUUGGUUCCAUCGGAAUCAUUAGUGCCAUACUGCAAGGUGGCUAUGUCCGCCGUGCCAUGUCGAGAGUCGGAGAGGGGAAGAUGGCCCUGCGCGGAAUCAGCAGCUGCGCACUGGGAUUGAUCUUCCUGACAAUCCUGCCUCACUUUGUCGAGAGCAGGCCCACUAUCGCUGUCCGACUCCUCCAGGCUGCUGCGGUCUGCAUGGCGAUGACUUCGGCCACGGUCGUGAACUCCCUGACGGCCUUCGCGUCGCUGCAAACCGACGACGUCACCGUCGACUCUGACACCGGAAAGGCUAUGAAGGAGCACCCGGACCUUGCGAAGGGCAAGGCCUUGGGCAAGUUCCGCUCUUCUGGCCAACUUGGACGCGCGAUUGGUCCUCUGCUUGCGUGCGCGUCAUACUGGACCUUCGGUCCCUCCUUGACUUACGCGGUCAGCGCGGUCGCCAUGUAUGCUCUUGUUGGGUAUAUGAGACGUGUAACAAGAGGGACCACAAUCACGGUGAAGACCCAAUAGGUUACCUUAUCUUACCAUUCCCGUUGCUACUUGUAAUGCAUACUAUCUAUUGUACUAAGUUAAUAGAAUCGCU